AACAAUUUUUUUGUAUCUAACCCAGGCUCAGAGUAAGUGAACAUCAGUCAGGCUUGAUCAAAUAGAUAAAAUCAUUUCUUGAUUUUCUAAAAUAAUUUAACAUAUCAAUUUUCAAAAAGUGCUCUAAAAUUGUUUUUGAGAUGUUAGAACCUAAAUAUGUUGGACCAACAGUCGUUAAAAGGAAGAAUUCUAAUGUUAACGUCCUAGCACCAGAAGGAACACAAAUUGGAUGUAUCAAUUUUAACAAAGAGUUGCCGACAAUCGAAAUUACUGAAUCCGAGUAUGAAAAGCAUAAAAAAAUUUUACUCAGAGAAUUUGAAGUUGGAAAAACACUACCAAAAUUUAGAUAUGUCUUAUAUGUGGAGUCAAUCAUUACAAUUAAUAAUGGAACAAAACGAUUGAUUGUAUAUGAAGACUUUGAGCAAAAACUAGAUGUACUUAUAAAAGAUAAAAAAAAUAAUAUAACAAAUACCGCAAACAAAAUUAAAUAUAUUUUGCAAACAGCAUCGCAAGGUGUAUUCUGUUUACACAAUGAAAAUAGAGUUCUUCGAAAUAUCUGCCCUAGGACCAUUGCAGUUUGUAAAGAAGACAAUCACCACGUUGGAAAAAUUUCCGAUUUGGCUAUGUGUAAAUCUUUAUUAGGAAUUACGGAAUAUAGUAAGGAGUUUACUGCUAAUGAUCUUUGUAUGGCUCCCGAAAUAUACUUAAAAAAAGACACAAAAGACGAAAGAGCAGUCGACAUAUUUAGUUUGGGAGUUGUCUAUUUUUUUGCUUUAUCAACCGAAUAUCCAUUUAAAUCCAUUAACAAAAAUAAAAAUUAUGAUCCUCCUAACUUUAAAACCUUUGAUUAUAAUGCCUUGGAUUUUUAUUCUUGGGAUCGCUCCUUAGCUGAGCAAUUAAUAUCUUCAAUGUUGCAGCAUGAACCAUCAAUAAGACCAACAAUUAACCAAGUGUUAAAUCAUCCAUUUUUUUGGGAUGAAAGUAAGAUAGAACAUUUUUUUGCAACUGCAAGUCAGUACAUUCAAGGAAAUGAAGAGAUGCUAAUUAACGAAUUUAACUUAAAAUGCCAACAAUCUAAUCAAGACUGGAGGGAAAAAAUUGAUGAUGAAAUUCUUCAUGCAGUAGAAGAAAGCUGCAGAAAAUAUGAUAAAAAAAGCAAAAACUUAAACUCAACAGCAAACACAAACACUUUAAAAAACUUUUAUAAAAACACAGCAUCGGAUUUUUUAAGAUUUUUGAGAAAUUUUCCAAAACAUAUAGAUGAGGAUACAAACUUGUCGGCAAGAACGUUUUUGAGAAAAGAAAAAAGUUCUGUCAUUAGAUAUUUCUUAAACUUAAAUUUCAAUUUUUUUGUUCAAUGUUAUUCAUUUUUUAACGAUUUUAAACAUUCAAAAUAUGAUACUUUAAGAAAAUUUUAUUGUGAUUGCUAUUUAGCAAAUAAGUUUGAAAACCACACUUGCGACAGUAAUGCAUUUAAUCCAUACAUAUGGGGGAAAAAAAAAAUAAUAAUUAAAAUUCUUAAUGUAGAGUUGAAAAGUGAUGAAGAAAAAAAAAGUGACGCGAUUAUUGAACAAAUUAAGCGAAAAAAUGAAAAAAUUUUUGGUGACUUCAGCAUAUUUCAAAAGUUUGAGCAUGUAGUUACUGUUCCAAGAAAAAACAAAGGAAAAAUAGUUCAAAAUAAAUACAACAUUAUUUGUUCUACCGACCCAAAUACAUUUAAAAAGAUUAUGGAAGCAAAAAAAAUUAAGUUUGGUUUUCAGCAAUGCAAUGUGGUCGAUGGUACUUAUGUGCCAAGAUGUUUCAGAUGUUACGGCUUCUUCCACAAAGCUGGUGAUUGCGAUAUUUGCGACGAAAAUGAGAACAUUUGCAUCAAGUGUGGUGGAAGAAAUCAUAAAAAAGAAAAAUGUACAGCAGAAGUUAGUUGCAACAAUUGUACCGAGUAUAACAAAAAAAAUAAGAAUGCGAAUUUAGAUGUAAAGCAUUCAAUUAUUGAUUUUAAAUGCCCAUGCUAUCAAAAGGCAUUUAAAUCGCUUAUGAGAUCCAUAGACUUGUAGCAAUCAUCAUUUGAAGUGAUUUAUACUAACUCUCAAAUUUUAAUAAGGAAUAUUGAACCAGUAAGCAUAUGAUAAAUCAUGGUUCGCAACAAUAAGUAUCGAGGAUGCAAAUUUACAAAUAACAGAAGUAUGCAAAUCCCCCGCACAAAAACCUAAUGAUUUUUUUAAUUUUUGUGUUAUUGAUCGAGGGACUUAAGCGCAUUUUUGUGUUAGCGAUCAGUAUUUGAUUAUGUAAUUAUUUUGCGUUCAUUUACAGA